CAUGAAAAUAAAAAGUCAUCAAAUCAGUCGCAAUCACACAAUUUACACGCAACGCAUAGUUAUGCUUCUAGCUCCACGGUUUCACAAUCACACACAAACAAAUCCAGUUCCAAACGCACUUCGCCUCGCAUUUGUCAAAUGUGUAGCGCUAAUCAUCCGCUUUAUUCGUGUAAUAGUUUCCUUGAUUUAACUGUUCCCGAUCGAGUAAAAUUAAUUGAAGAUAAGAAACUAUGUCACAAUUGUCUUCGCGCUGGUCACACAGUUGACAACUGCUUUUUUGGCCCGUGUAGGAUCUGCCAGAAAAAACAUAAUAGCUUGAUCCAUAGCCUGAGUAGUGACAGUGACGGUGCAUCCGCUACGGCUGGCAAUGUAAACAAUAAGCCACCGGCGAGUGCCGUCCCCGCCACCUCGACUUAUCACACUCUCACACUUAAUUCGCACACACUCUCACCGCCUUUAAAACCGGUAUUAAUGAGUACUGCAAUAGCAGAAGUUGCCGAUAGCAACAAUAAAUUACAUAGGGCUAGAGUUUUUCUCGAUAAUGGCUCAGAACACAGUUAUGUCACGCAAUCUUUCAUAGAUAAAUUAAAUACGCCUUUGGUACAGUCCACUUGCAAUAUUUCAGGGUUAGGUAAAUUAGUCACGCAAACCACACACUCGUGUCAGCUUAACCUGCAUUCUAUUAAAGGUGACUACCAUACACGCAUCAAUUGCAUGGUACUCCCUGUCUUAACGGAACCGCUGCCCUCGGCAGUGAUAAGCGCGCAUUCCAUUCGCAUUCCAGACAAUAUUCAACUCGCGGACCCUAAUUAUUUCAAAUCAUCAGAUAUUGAUAUAUUGUUAGGCGGUGAUUAUUUCUGGGGCUUGUUAAAUAAGGAUAGAUUUCCUCUCGCAGAAGGGCCUUAUUUACAAGAUACUAAACUUGGUUGGAUCGUCGUGGGUCCGAUAAAUAAUAAACGCAUUAAAUUAAAUAAGACUACUUGUCAUUUCACGCAAACUUUAGACACGCAAUUAAAACAGUUUUGGGAGCUCGAGGAGGUUUCUAAGAUAGGAGACGGACUGACAGACGACGAACGCGCCUGUGAACAGCUGUUCGUUUCGACUACGCAACGCGAUAAAGAUGGUCGUUUUUUAGUACGUUUACCCCUAAAGGAAUCAGCUGAUGCGCUCGGCGAUACCUACGAUGUAGCUAGGAGUAGGUUCUUAUCUUUAGAACGCAAACUCGAGCGGUUCCCCGAGCACAAAAAGAUGUACUCCGAUUUUAUGCGUGAAUACAUUGAGCUAGGGCACAUGUCACUUAUACACACAUACACAAAGCCUUACUGCUUUCUUGUACACCACUCUGUAUUAAAAGAUAGUCUCACUACACGCUUAAGGGUUGUAUUUAAUGGAUCAAUGCCCACUAGUUCUGGGAAAUCCCUGAACGAUUUGCAAUUAGUCGGGCCGACCAUACAAAACGAUAUUUUUUCUAUAUUGUUACGUUUUCGCGAACAUAAAUACGUCGCCUGCGCAGACGUGGCGAAAAUGUAUAGACAAGUCCUUAUUCAACCCGACCAACGGAACCUUCAACUAAUAUUGUGGCGAGAGAACCCUUCGGCGCCGCUAAAUGUUUACCAACUUAAUACGGUAACUUUCGGUACUUCUUCUGGGGCCUUUUUAGCCAUCCGCUGUCUCAAUCAGCUGGCAAAGGAAUGUGCAGACGAAGCGGUCUCUUGUACUAUAUUGGAAGACUGUUACGUGGAUGACCUAAUUACAGGAAAUAAUGAUAAACACGCUUUAAUUGAUAUCUGUGAAAAGGUCACCGACGUACUGCAGUCAGGUUGUUUCCCACUCCGAAAAUGGGUGUUUAACUUUGACGUUUCGGAAUUUUCCUCGUCAAAAAUUACGUCACGCGAAUUAUGUUUAGGCGACAACUGUCAAAGUAAAACACUCGGCUUAGGAUGGACUAACAACACUGACGAAUUUUAUUACACGGCAAAAAUACAAAUGGAUAAUAAUAACGAACCGAUAACAAAACGCAAAAUAUUAUCUGUAAUUUCACAAAUGUAUGAUCCUCUCGGGCUACUUUCGCCGGCCAUAAUUAUUGCCAAAAUUUUACUUCAAAAACUAUGGCUUUACCGUUUAGAUUGGGACUCGGAAGUACCUGAGGAUGUCGCAUCAGCCUGGCGUAGAUACAUACUCAUACAUACACAACACAUACAUAGCCUCCGCAUUCCUCGUUAUGUAAUGAAUGCGUCUGCGCAUUGCACACAGCUGCACUUUUUUUGUGAUGCUAGUCAAGCGGCCUAUGGAGCCUGUGCAUAUGUACGUACGCUUUCGGGAAAUAAUAAUGAGGUCAUAACAGUGCAUCUGUUGUGUUCUAAGAGUAAGGUCGCUCCCUUGAAAUCAGUCAGUAUCGCGAAACUUGAAUUAUUAGGCGCGCUGUUAGCUGCUAGGCUGUACUCGAAAGUAAUUAAAUCGCUUAAAGUGAAGUUCGAUUCUGUGUAUUUUUGGUGUGAUAGCACAAUCGUUCUUGGGUGGGUCCGAAUGUCACCCCACACGCUUAAAACUUUUGUUCAAAACAGAGUGUCGGAGAUAAACGAGUUAACCGGGAGCGCGCAGUGGUUACAUGUAAGUAGCAAAAAUAACGCAGCUGAUUUAGUUAGCCGCGGCCUUGAACUUGACGCGCUUAUUGAUAAUUCGUUCUGGUUCAAUGGACCGCCCUUUUUGCAUGAACCGGAAUCCGACUGGUUACCUAGUACUUUAUCUCGCACUUCGCAAAUAAUACCGGACGAUUUACCUGAAAUAAAAACAAAUACAAUUAGUAUGACAAGCCAAAUUAACACCGAUGUAUUCGAAUUCGACAGGUUUUCGUCUUUUAACCGCUUACGGCGCGCGGGUGCUUAUGUUUUGCGAUUUAUAAACAACACACGCAUUACAAACAAAAUAAAUCGUAAAACUGGCCCGCUGACUGUUGACGAAUUGAAUGCAUCGAUGCAACAUCUGGCGCGUCUUUCGCAAAUGAAAUCUUUUCCUGUUGAGUAUGAUAAGAUGAUAAAUAACUUACCUGUUAAACACACGCGCGGUAUUAAUAAAUUAAAUGUCUUUUUAGACACAGAUAAACUAAUAAGGGUCGGUGGUCGUAUUAGUAAUGCGACUAGUUUUUCAUACGACAAAAAACAUCCGAUUUUGCUUUGUUCGAAACAUCGUUUCACACAGCUAUUGUUUCAAAGUGAGCACAUACGAUUACUGCAUGCGCCUCCUAGUCUCCUGCUUGCUACUAUCAAAGACUGCUGGUGGCCUCUCGGAGGCACUAAUUUAGCAAAGCGAGUGGUACGCACCUGUGUAACCUGCAUUCGCAUGAAGGCGAAGACGUUCGCGCCUAUUAUGGACCCAAACGACCUUUCCGCAUUAACCCCAGCUCAUUUCCUUAUUGGCCGACCGCUGACAGCGCCGCCCUGCAAGGACUUGACGGCAGAGACGGGCCGGCUCCCACGCUACGAGAUGCUGGAGAAAAUGCGACAACACUUUUGGCAGCGAUGGUCGAAACAAUACAUUUCUGAGCUGCAGACCAGAACGAAAUGGCAGACGCACGGCCAGGAUAUCGUUCACAACUCCUUAGUUCUGGUCAAAGAAGAUAAUCUACCACCCCUCAAAUGGCGUUUGGGACGGGUGGUAGCUCUGUUCACAGGCCACGACAGAGUUUCCCGCGUCGCUGACGUAAAAACAGCGAGUGGGGUCAUACGCAGGGCUUUUACCAAGCUUUGCCCUCUCUUGAUGCCGCCAGAGAGUGAAGCUGCGCCAGCCCCAUCCACAUCACCACAAUCACUUUGAAAGCGGGUGCUUUCAAGGCCGGGGGCAUGUUCGCGAGCCUAACGCCACCUAGCGGGCUUCCCAAGAAGAGGCGGAGUUCCAACCACGGCCGCGCGGGAGCGCGGCGAUAGCCCC